CGCAUACAUGGGCUACGGUAUCAUCACCGAGGCCUUCAAGCAUGGUUACAGCCUGUUUUACAAUGCCCCUGAUGAAUCUUCGGCUGGCCGACAGAUGGCCAAGUUCAUUUGGCUGUAGGUUCUAUUUCUCCAAAGUAUUCGAGUUUAUCGACACAUUCAUCAUGGUCCUCAAGAAGAACAAUCGCCAAAUCUCCUUUCUGCAUGUCUAUCACCAUUCCACCAUCUUUAUCAUCUGGUGGCUUGCCGUUCUCCUCCAGCCAACGGGGUCAUCGUACUUCUCGGCCGCCUACAACUCCCUGAUCCAUGUUGUGAUGUACGGAUACUACUUCCUCUCCGGAAUCGGCGUCAAGUCAGUCUCGCUUAUCAAACGAUACAUCACCGUGAUGCAGAUGACUCAGUUCACCCUGAUGAUGAUCCAGUCGAUUGUUAUCAUGUACCACACUUUCCCUCAAAUCGUGGAUCUGGCCAGCUGGACCAUCCGCCACACCCGGGACCAGUUCAAAGCCGAUCCUCGAGUCGACAUCAGCUUCUGGCUGGCGGCCCUGUUGUGCGUGUACAUGUGGUCGAUGCUGGGCCUGUUUGGCAACUUUUUCAUCCAAGAAGGCAAACGCCAACGAGCUCUUCGUGGUCAGGCCAAACAUCAGGCAAAGACCAAGAAGACCAAGUAAGCACUGGCGAUAGACGGCUCCUCCAAGCUCUACCAAAGCCUUUCGUCUGGGAGCUUCGCCUUGCUGAAGGCCAAGAAAAAUAUCAAUCCGCUGGCGUCUAAUGGCCAGCCGUAUGACUGCUUUCGGCUGCGGCUCGAAUCUGUUUUGUGAACGGCGGCGCUGUUGAAUACACUGGCAAUCACGGACCACCCUGAGAUCAUAUUUCUCCGAUGGCGUUCCAUCACAGCGCCGUGCCAUGCCCGCCUGUGCGGUGGAGUAUGGUGG